AGAUACUGUGUGCGUGGAGGGCGGUCUGUGCGAGGUGUAGGAGGGGGAGUGAUACGACAGGUUUUGAGUCGCAUUUUCUAUUGUACAUUCAUAGAGAACGCGCGCGUGCAUUGUGUGUAAUAAUUAUUAUAAUCACUGAUCAACCAUGUCAACCAAGGGGUGGGAAAAGUUAAUAGACCAGGAAAUUUUAAUUACUUUGGUGGAAGAUAGGCCAGUAAUUUGGGACAAGACGCUGGAUAAAUACAAAGACAAUACUGCAAGUAUUGCAGGUUGGCGCGAAAUAUGCGUUAUUCUAAUGGAGGAUUUUGAGGCUAUGGAACAAAGACAAAGACAAGAGUUCGGAAAACUUGUUAUGAAAAAGUGGAGACAGAUGAGAGAUGCCUAA